GGAAAGGAUUAUAAAAAUUGGUUGUGGGCGAAUUUUCACUCAGUUUGUUAGAUAUUUUGUGCUACAUAGUCAAAGAAUAACUCAUAGUGUUUUUGUGCAAUAAUUGAGUUACGAGCACCCGCCCGAGAGUUGAAAUAUUAACAAAUAAUUAAUAAACUCAAGUUAUUGCUAAAAAUAAAAUAGCUAUAUUAAAAUUAUUUGAACGAACAUAGAAAGGAAGCCACAACAUGAGGAGUCUCCUGGUUCUGGCGCUGAUGGUGGCUGCAGUGAGUGCAGUCAACUUCUUUGAUCUCAUUCGUGAAGAAUGGAAUACCUUCAAGCUGGAGCACCGCAAGACAUAUGAGAGCGAGACGGAGGAGCGCUUCCGCAUGAAGAUCUUCGCGGAGAACCGGCACAAGGUGGCGCGCCACAACCAGCGGUACGCGCAGGGGCUGGUGACGUACCGCCUGGCGCCCAACAAGUACGCCGACAUGCUGCACCACGAGUUCAUCCACACCAUGAACGGCUUCAACCGGACUGCCAAACACAACAAGGGCCUGUACGGCAGGGCGUCGUCCGAGCGCGGCGUGACCUUCAUCGCCCCCGCCAACGUGGAGAUGCCGGAGCACGUGGACUGGCGGCCGCAGGGCGCCGUCACCGACGUCAAGGACCAGGGCAAGUGCGGCUCCUGCUGGGCCUUCAGCACGACGGGCGCGCUGGAGGGGCAGCACUUCCGCAAGAGCGGCGCGCUGGUGUCGCUGUCGGAGCAGAACCUGGUGGACUGCUCCAGCGCCUACGGCAACAACGGCUGCAACGGCGGCCUCAUGGACAACGCCUUCAAGUACAUCCGCGACAACCACGGCAUCGACACCGAGAAGUCCUACCCCUACGAGGCGACCGACGACAAGUGCAGAUACAACCCCAAGAACAGCGGCGCUGACGACGCCGGCUUCGUGGACAUCCCCGAGGGCGACGAGGAGGCGCUGCAGAAGGCGGUGGCCACCGUGGGGCCCGUGGCCGUGGCCAUCGACGCCAGCCAGGAGUCCUUCCAGCUCUACUCCGCCGGCGUCUACUACGACGACGGCUGCUCCUCCUCCAACCUCGACCACGGCGUGCUGGUGGUGGGCUACGGCUCGGACGAGCAGGGCGGCGACUACUGGCUGGUGAAGAACUCGUGGGGGCGCACGUGGGGCGAGCUGGGCUACAUCAAGAUGGCGCGCAACCGCAACAACAGCUGCGGCAUCGCCUCCUCCGCCUCCUACCCGCUGGUGUAGGCGGAGCACUCGCGUGGAGCCUACUGCACUCGGCGCAUUAUACUUUUAGCUCUUAUGACUACAUAUAAGUAAAGAGAAUUUUAUUAUAAAAUACAUUUUUAACUUCUCAAUUCGUGUGAUACUUGGUAGGGUUAAUGAAUUUGAUGUAAGCUAAAUAAUAAAUAAAGACGUUUAUUGUAUUUAAAA